AUGCUUUUCACUCUUAACUAUUUUGUUCUUGCAGAACGCUCAACCAUGUCCGAAGAGGAGGAAGUGUACUCUGAGGAGGAGGAGGAGAUCGAGGAGGAAGAAACUGCUGAAGCUGAAGAAGGUGGUGCCGCCGAGGAAGAGCACUUACUUGUUUAUAAACGUUUCCUCAGACCUAAAAGCCGUCCUCAACAACAAGAAGAGAAAGCUCCUGCUGAAAUGACGGAAGCAGAAGCCGCCAUGCUUGCCGCCAAGAAACGUCACGAGGAGGAGGAAGCGAUGAAAAUGCUCGACUACGAGCAGCGUCGUCAGGCUGAAAAGCAGAGAAUAGAAGAAGAGCUCCGCGAAUUGAAAGAGAAGCAGGAAAAGAGACGCCUAGAGCGUGAAGAAGACGAAAGACAAUUUGCCGAACGCCGUCGUCAAGAUGAGGAACGCAGAAGAAAGGAAGAGGAAGAAAGAAAGGCUCGAGCCGACGCGGAGAAGAGCCGCAAGAACGAGGAACGAUUGCGUCGUCAGCAGAUGAUGGCUGGCUCGUUCGCUGCGGCUGGACAGGGUCAGUCUACUGGUGGCAGAAACUUCACCAUCACAAAAAGCGACCAAGCCGCUCAAUUUGGAAAUCUUGCUCAGGGUAAGAGCAAGGAUGUGCUUAACAAAGAGCAACAGGAGGAAGCAAAGCGCGCGUUCUUGGCUGCUGUGUGCCGUUCAGUCGAUAUUUCAAACCUCCUUCCAGCUGAUCUGAGAGAAAGAAUCAAGGGCCUUCACGCCCGUAUCUGCAAGCUGGAGGCUGAAAAGUACGAUCUCGAGAAGCGCCAUGAGAGACAGGAGUAUGAUCAUCCACCAAAGGUCACAACUGCAUCCAAGUUCGACCGCCAGACGGAUCGAAGAUCUUAUGGCGAUCGCCGAUACAUGUUUGAACACCCGGUUGUUCCUAAGCCUCCCACGAUUGCUCACGGAACAGCGCGUCCUCCCUGCGAUUGGGGUCGCAAAGAAAAUGAGGAGCUUGAACAACUUCGCAAAAAUCUUGAGCCGCCAAAGUAUGUGGAACAAGUCCGUGCUGAAGGUGAUGCUGCAAAGCCACCCGUCGCUCCAAUUCCACUGCAACUACCGGAGAAAGAUUUUGAGGACGAGCCAGCCGAGCCAACGGAGCCAACGGAAGCAGCGGAGGUUGGCAUCGUAGAAAUGCAGCUUCAGGCAGUUUGUUGA